AUGAGUUAUAAACAGGAAAACCAGGACCGUGGCUGUGGGAUUCACGACCACACCCAGCUGUCCUGGGUGGUGAGCUUAUCCCCAGAUGGCUUCCAGAUGGAGGAGGAGUGGAUCCAAUGGGGGGAGGAGCUGAAGCCUUACUGCCCACUGGAAGGCUCUGCACCGAGGCAUCUGCAGGGCCUAUGCUCUCCCAUCACUGUGCUCCUGGCACCUCGUCAGGAGGAGUACCAGCCAUUUCCCUCUGGGCUCCUGUCUACCCCGACACACACACAGGUGGCUGUCAUGUGCCACCGGCUGGACAGCUUACAGCAGUGGUUUAACUGGGGAUUUAGCGCAGUGAGGUCUAGAAUCCCCCAAGGCAGACGUGGUGUGGCAAGGACAGACCUGUCUUCACGGCACACUAAGAUCAUCCCUUCUGGGGCUCUCAUGCAGCUGCCCAGGCUCGAUGACCUCCUUGGCAUGGAGCGGAAGAGGAGCAAGGUCAGCGUGCUGUUGGCUGUGGCUCCUCACAUCGCUGAAAACAGGGCAAGGGGUCGGAGGUACAGCCUGCUCCUCCACUGGGGAGGCGGCAAAAAGUGUGGAUUCAGGAAGGACACCUGCCUUUUCAGGGUGCCCCUCACCAGCCUGCUAGAAGCUGGCCGCCAAGUCCUCCCUAGCUCCCAGGUCCCGCUGGUCCUGGAAGCUCUAAAUUGUUCCCCACUUAGAAAAGAGUCCAGCGGCUUCUUCUUCCUGCUUCUCAUGGGGGACAAACACACCAGUUUCAAUCCCACUUUGCACAGUCGCUUGUUUAAAUGUGGGUUUCUUUGUCUGGUAGCUGCUGUCCUGUUGGAAAAGACGCUGGACGUGGAAGAUGUUCUCAGGGUGCCUGAGUCCCAGGGCAGGGUCAAAGGUCCCACCACCCCCACAUCACCGGGGCUGCGUUAUCUCCCUGCACCCCAGAGAGCAGCUGCAGGUGCUGCCCUGCUCAUCCUCCUCCUAGAACCCAGCUGAAACAUCUUGAAAUUAAGAGCACUCCUGGAAUUCCUCACAAAGGUGAUGGCUCAAGAAGAGUCCAACAAGGUGACCUGGAAGAUUUCCACAGUGAUGGGACCCAAUCUCUUCCUGCAUAAGGGCACCCCCACCAGGUUCCCCAAAGGUGAGAAACAGCUGGCAGAGGGGGCGGCUGAAGUGGUAUGGAUGAUGUACGUGGAUCUUUCUCGCAGGGUCGCUUCUUUCUUGGUCACCCAGGUGCGAAAACUGAAUGAUAGUAGUGGCCGGCGCUCCCAGCUCUGCGACGGGGGCCUCACGAUUUCGCCGCGGAGGAAACAAGUGGACAGAGACAAGGAAGGGCCGGCCUGGGCCCUGGAGGGUUUCCUACCCUGGAUGGAGAAACUGUCCGAACCCUCCAGGUUCCCGCCACCAGCAAUGCCCACUGCGACCACCAGGGAGCGCCCCGACCCCUUUGCAGAGGGCGAGGAGGCGGUGUCUCAGGAAGGAGGGAAAACCAGGCUGAAACUGGUACCCCACCCCCAUUUUCAGGCAGCACUUCUACUCAAAGGGACAAUGCUCUAGGCUGCCAGGCCUAGGAUGGACUCCCUGCGGGUACCUCUGACCCCCAACACUAAAGUGAGCUCUGCUGAGGCGGCCAGCGGAGCUGGAGCCGUGGUUUAAAGGUUGAAGACCCCGACAGCUCCCACCCAGGCAACAAGUCCAUGGAGUCAGCCAACUUCCUCAUCUAUGAAGUUGAGGGAAUACCAGUAAGUUUCCCUGUGAGAAAUGGCCCAGAGCCAAGGUCCCCCAGAGUUCUUUGAACGUAAAGGCUCAUUGGACCCUUCUGGGGAGGUCAGAAUCCAGUUGGGGAUGUGCCUUCCC